CAUGGAAAGCCAUGGCCACCACCCCGGUACAGACACGGCGGUUGUUGCGCGAGGAGAUUACUUAUUCUGUUGCAAAAGAAAAGGAGGUGAAUAUCUUGCAUCGGCUGCAGUAUCCGGAUCAGCAAUCUCAAUUCUUUGCCUUGCUCGAUGACAGGCGGGACUGGAUCCAGACCGUCGUGGCUCAUCAUCUGUCUUUAAAGUCACCGAACAAUUGUCAUGUCGCUAACAAAGACGAUUGGCUCCAUGGAAGCUUUAAUGUCUGUAUUCCGGUGACCGUGGGUCACCCUCAAUGCAAUAAGCGCGUUCUGCUUCGCGUCCCCUUGCCGUAUCGCAUCGGUGAAGCUUUCAGACCCGGGAAUGGCGAUGAGAAAAUCCGCUAUGAAGCAGCUACUUAUGCUUGGAUCGGAGGAAACUGCCCAGAUGUGUCUAUCCCAAGGCUGUAUGGGUUUGCUGCAUCGACGGGAGAUACGUUUACUCGGCUUGAGAACUUGCCCUUUCUAACGCGCUACGUCCAUCGCCUACGUUGCUGGAAGCGCUCAUUAUUCAGGCUGCCUGUGCCCUCAUGCUACGUUCGCCAUGAUAGCCGGCAUAACAUGCGGUGCGACAAACCCCCAGUAGGCUAUCUAUUGGUCGAAUACAUCGAAGAGUCGACAGGAACCAUGCUUUUCAAUACAUGGCCUCUACAGCAUACCUGCUCCAGGUUGCGAACAAAUUUUUUCCGCGAUCUCAGUCGAAUUUUCCUAAGUCUUGCUAAGAUCCCCCUUCAAAAGAUCGGAUCCUUUACUAUCGACAAUCGCGGCUUUCUGAAGCACACAAACCGACCGCUGUCCUUGGGAAUUCAGGAGUUGGAGAAUGAAGAAAUUCCAGUAGACAUGCCUCGGGAUUACACGUACUCCAACACUGACUCAUACAUCGUGGACACACUCGCUUACCAUGAUAAUCGGCUACGGCAUCAGCCCAAUGCAAUCAACCACAUCUCCGAUUUUGCAUAUCAGGCAUCGGCUCUAGCUGCGAUGCGUGCCAUAUUCCCGUUAUUCUUUCGGCGCGAGCUUCGCCGGGCACCAUUCUUCUUUGCACUCACUGACAUCCAUCAAAGCAACAUCCUGCCUCCGCACUGGUUUACAAAUAAGUCAGUAGACCAUAUGGAUGCGGCGGAGUAUAACAACAUCCGGCUGGAGUUUAUGAGUAUCCUGGAAGAGGAAGAGCUAGCUCUAGCGAAGGAUGAUCGAGUAUCUUCGAAGUCCGAGACACUGUCUAAAAUGAUGAACCAAGCCUGGAAAACUGGUACCUUCUGGUUCAGUCUCGCUCUAACCAGUCCCGCCGGGCUCUUCUUCUUGUUCGAUAAACACAUACAACCGAUUAUGACAAAGCAUUGCCCAGAACAUGAUGAGUUUCAUGGAAUAAUGUCAUGGUACUGGACGACAGAUACAGUGGGCAUAGCAAGAUGCAAGCUAGCAGACAAGAAGGAUUAUGAUAACCGACUCCGCCAAGCCUUUGGUAUGAGCAGUGAAGUGUAA